GUUUAAGUGUGUUGGCUGUUUGUGUUUUUGUGUGAGAAUGUUGAGUGUUUGUCGUCUAUGUUUGGCGAAAGAAGCCAAUUUUGCAAUUUUUAAUAGCCAAGUAGCUAUACGAAUUAUGACAUGCACGGGUCUCGAAGUCGAACCCAACGACGGAUUGCCGCAGCUGAUUUGCUAUGCAUGUCGCCUGCGUCUGGAGGAGUUUCAUUAUUUUCGCAAACGUUGUCACGGCGCCGAUCGGCGUCUGCGAAGUGCCAAGCGGAUUGAGAAUAAUCCAGACUGCCAGACGAAUUGUUUAUUAGAGGGUGACGAGGAGGAUGCAAUCAAUCUGCAGGAUGUGGCACAAUGCGCCGCCACAGCGUGCUCCGAAAGCAAUGCACAUUGGCGCCAGGAGGCAGCUAAAUUGAUUCGCACUGAAAUCGAUGCCUACAAACAGAAGCUGCUUGGCUUGUGCAAGCAGCAAGUACGGGAGGAUAUUGAGCAACAAGUGCGUGAUGAAGUGGAAGAGCUGAUCCUGCAGCAAGCCAGAAAGGAAUGCCGUCUUAACGUGCUGGAUAGCCUCUUCUACGAAAUCGAAAGCUUCUUUGUUCGCAAACGCAACGCUGUUGUCUGUGAGCAAGCAUUUGGCUCCGAGGGAUUCAUAUCGGAUUCGGAAGCAGCUGAGCUGGAGAGCGUAUCCACUAGAGCAGAUCAGCAAACCAAUAAUUGUGAGACUGCUCGCACAAUGAAUGUAGACUUGGACGAUAGUGAAUUGGGCGUGGUCGAACUGCCUGAUGAUGAACCCAUUCAGCAAACUCCAGAGACCAACACAACUAACGUGAGGGAACCACUUGCUCCGCCAGCGCCUUUAAUGCCCGUGCCAAUGGUGGAAAUCAACAUGCAAAACGUACAGCCAAGUCUUUUAAACGAGGAGCUAAAGGAUGCUAAUUUCCUACCCAAAACGGCUGUGACUCCAAGCAAACUUAAUUCUCCAAAAUUCAAGUCCAAGUUCUCAUUAGUUCAAGUUCGCAUUAAGAAGCCAAAGAAGACACCUUCCAAAACAUGUCGGAAACACAGCUUGAGGACAAAGCAACGCUACUCUUAUAAUACCGUCAGCGAAGAUGAAGACUGUUACCGUUGUCGUUUAAGAAACCCCUCAAAUCUAAACCAAUCAGCAUCCUAAACAAAUAAUGCUUCCAUUGCAAUUUUUUUUAUAUAUAUGUAAUAGCGCGAAAUGCAAAUAAAUUUUUAUAUUUAAGAAA